AUGUGUGCCUUAAUGUAUUCUGCCGAGGCAGGCCACAUGCACGUGGUGAAGUUCCUCGUGGAGAAAGGUGCUCGUGUUUCUGCGAAGGAUGAUUCGGGCGAAACUGCCUUGAUGAAGGCUUGCAAAUGCGGGCAUGUCGAUGUGAUUCGUUACCUCAUUGAUGCGCAGCUGCUGCAGCGAAAGAAAAGCAGCAGCAUCAUGGGCUCCGACAGCGCCAAGUUACUUCAAAUAGAGAAGCAGCGCGUUCUGGACGUCAAGGAUGACGAAGGGGUGACGGCGCUCAUGAAGGCGGCCGAGAACGACGAACUUGAAAUUGUUCGCCAACUCAUUGAGGAAGGGGCUUCUAUCACUCUUAAAGACGACUAUGGCUGGACAGUUCUUAUGUGGGCAGCACUGGCCGGAAACGUUGACAUCUGUGAAAUGCUCGUGAAGAACUAUGAUGUUUCCGUGGAUUAUGUGACCGAACGUGGGGAGUGCGCGCUGAUGAAAGCUGCCGCCAACGGGCACUGGGAGUUGUGCGAGUUCUUGCUGGAUGAGGGUGCAAAGGUGAACCAGCUAGACUCCGAGCACCAGACUGCCUUGAUGUGGGCAGCAGCCAUGGGGCACACGUCAGUCGUUCGUGGCCUCAUCAGCAGGGAUGCAAAGGUGGACCUGCCAAGCAAGGGCGGCAAAACAGCGCUGCUUCUCGCGUGUGCAGUCGGCCGCGAUGCGGUCGUCUCAGAUCUCCUGGCUGCCCGUGCCAAACUCGAGCACCAGGAUGCUGACGGCCGAAAUUGCCUCUUUGGUGCCGCGCAAUGUGGCAACAAGGAGCUCGUGUCGUUGUUGAUCCAGAACAAGUGCCCGCUUGAAGCGCACACCCUGAGGGGGGAAACGCCGCUGAUGUGUCUGGGCUAG